CCGCUCGCAGCCGCCGCUCGCAGCCGCCGUCUCGCCUGCCGGACUUUGGGGCUUCUCCCUCCCCAUCGCAGCCCCGGAGCUUCCCCGCUCGCCUGCAAGUCAGCCUGGCUCCGAGUCACGUGUCAGUGCCUGAGGCAGAGACUGAGAGAAAAAAACGCGCUUCAUUCCUUCUUCCACCGCCAUACUGUAUUUUAUACUAAAUCUCAUUUUUAUUCCAACCUUUUACUCCCGCUCGGUGAGUACCUUCUCAUUGGCAUUCUUGUUCUCCUUUUUUUUUUUUGGUCCCCCUUUUUUUGUUUUUGUUUUUGUUCUUUUUCUUUUUUUUUUUUCUUCUUUCUUUUUUUUUCCACUUCUUUGAUUAUUGUUUAUAUUUGGGAAAGCUGGAGGAGCAUGGUUUUGAGCCUUUUCCUGAACCCAAGUUUUUCUAGCAUGCGAUCGGUCAGUAGACGAGGAGCUGUGUCCAGGAGUCCGCGGCGACUGUGCCCACGGGGAGCGACUCCCAAGUCCAGCACAAUAUGCAACUGGUUUUAUGGAAAAAAAGCGAUGAAAAGUAUGGUGUUUAUUUUUUCCCCCAUGGUUAAAAAUGAGGAAAAGCAUGUUUCUAACUCCUUUUUCUUUUUGGCGUACUCUUUUUCUGCUAACAUUUUUGUAUAGGUGGGAUUUCACGGCAAUGUUUACAAGUUUGUGCUCUUGUAAUCUUGAUGCAAACCACUGAGCAAAGACGCUAAUUUUAUAUUUUUGUGCCCUUUUUUGGAAGCCGGUGAGAACAUAUCCGUUUUUUUCCCCCCCUCCCGUUUUUGAUACCCCGUUGAUAACAUGAAACUUUUCUUGCAGCUGGUGACUGGGAUGCUUUUUAAACCAAGCACUGUAUUUUUUCCUCCUUUAAAUUAACUGUGACUUUUGCACAGGUGACUUUUUUUUUUCCAAAAAAAAAAGAGAUAAUUUUAAGAUAGAUAUCCUGAUAUCUAUAUUAUCCCUUCUUCCUCCCUCUCCCCUCUCCGUAAAUCAAUUUUCAAAUGAUGGCAGUGGAAGGUUUUUCUGAAAAAAAAAAAAAAAUGAAGUGCGGUUUGGUUUCCUUGUCAACGGAGGAUGAAGUGAACAGCUGAGCAGCUCGCAGAGAGCAGAUAUAGCCCUUGGAGAGGUUCCUGGCUCCAUAGAUUAAAACAAGGCAAGCCAAUCAUGACUGGCAAAACACAAACCAGCAACGUCACCAAUAAGAAUGACCCCAAGUCUAUCAACUCUCGUGUUUUUAUUGGCAAUCUAAAUACAGCCAUUGUUAAGAAAGUUGACAUUGAAGCCAUUUUUUCGAAGUAUGGAAAAAUAGUUGGAUGUUCAGUCCACAAAGGUUAUGCAUUUGUACAGUACAUGAGUGAGAGACAUGCAAGAGCUGCUGUGGCUGGAGAAAAUUCCAGGAUCAUUGCAGGUCAACCACUUGAUAUCAACAUGGCAGGGGAACCCAAACCAUACAGACCGAAACCCGGAAACAAGAGGCCUCUUUCUGCUCUUUACAGACUUGAAUCAAAGGAGCCUUUCCUGUCAGUUGGUGGAUAUGUCUUUGACUAUGAUUACUACAGAGAUGAUUUCUACAAUCGGCUGUUUGAUUACCAUGGACGCGUGCCUCCCCCUCCCCGUGCAGUCAUCCCCCUGAAGCGUCCCAGAGUGGCUGUCACCUCAACUCGCAGGGGCAAAGGAGUCUUUUCCAUGAAAGGAGGUUCAAGAUCUGUGAGCGGGUCUUCCUCAGGCUCUAAAUUGAAAUCGGAUGAGUUACAGACAAUCAAGAAAGAACUAACCCAGAUCAAAACUAAAAUUGACUCGUUGCUAGGGCGCCUGGAGAAGAUUGAAAAGCAGCAGAAGGCAGAGGCAGAAGCUCAGAAGAAGCAAAUGGAAGAGAGUAUAGAGCUGAUCCAGGACGAAUCUGUGUCAGAGAUUGCAGAUCACUCUACAGAGGAGCCUGCUGAAGGAGGGCCAGAUGCGGAUGGAGAAGAGAUGACUGAUGGGAUAGAGGAGGACUUCGAUGAAGAAGGGGGUCAUGAGCUGUUUCUACAGAUAAAGUGAUCUGAAGUAAUGUACAAGGAUACAGAAGCAGAAAAGAGAAACUGUGACAACCCUUGGAAAUGUGAAAGGAGGUCUCCUAAUGGACAACAGCAUCUCUGUUCAGUUUAUAUCGAAGCCCAAACUAACAAAAUGGACAGUAUUGUUCAAUUUUAGAAGUUCCAUUUAUUCUAUGUUCUAUGCGAUAUAAUUGUCAGGUUUUUAUGGUUUAAAUUGUAAAUGUGUUUUUCUCUCUUGCUAAUUCUGUUUCCUUUUUGUAGUCUUAAAGUGUGAAGGACAUUUAUCAAUGGUAGGGGAGACACUGUAUACAAAUGUAUAUUUGUAAAAGCUAUUUUUAUGAUUAGCAUGUUUCACUGUUGAUCAUAUAUAAAUUCAGGUGAUACUGCAAUUCUAUGUUAAAAGCUAUUUCCAAUGAUGUCUUGUAAGAAAAAAAUACACUGUAUGCUAGUUUUUAAUAAUUUAUUUUUAAUUUAUAGUUUAAAGUAUCUCAGAUCAUAAGGAUAAAGUACUUGGAAAAGUUAUAUUUCUGCCUUCUAUAAGCACCCUUUUUAUUAUCAAAGAAUGUGCACAUUCAGAUGUGAUAUAAUAAAGGACUGAUGGUUUGACUUAUGAGUACAUUGAGCAUGCUCCACUCGAAUGAACUGAAAUGACCCAGUUAUUACCUAACACUUCAGUCUGCAUAUGGCGUAUCAUGGACAGGUUUGAGUGCUUAUGCAGAAAAGAGCUAGACUGGCAAGGAAAAGAAAAUUAGUCUGUCUUUAGAUCCAAAAGCUUCCAUCAGUGCGUACAUUACUUCAUUCCACUUGCUCUUCCAGGAAACUUGCCAUUCCCAAGCAUUGCAAGUGUUUUCUGAUGCUGUUAGCUACUGUCUUGUGCUGUGGAAAUGGAGGAACCAUCUUCACAGAUCGUAGGAGAACUCAGCAUAUAAUUUCUUAAUAAAAACUGUUUCUUUUAAAA